CAGAGAACACCUUACCAGGAAAAAAAAAAGCAUUUCAAAAUUUUUAAAAAAAAAAAUCUUUUUGAUUUCUUCAGGAAUCCUUCGAAACCCAACUCAAUUUUGCCUCUCAAUUCCAUGUGUUCCCUCCGUCUCUCGUGUUCCUCACAAAUUCAAAACUAACCCUAUUUUUCUUCUGACAAUUUGGUUCCUGGGUUUCAUAAAUUCCGCAUCUUUUCUUAGUUUCAAACGCUGGGUUUUUGUGGGUCAUCGUUGUCGCUUUCAUGGUCCUUUUCAGAUCGGGAAAAUAAUUAAAAACAGGGGAUAUAUUUUUGUGAUCUUCUCGUUUUCGAUAAACAUUCAGAGGCUGCGACACGAUUUUUGUCAGUUUAUUCGACUGUUGACCAGUCGCAAUGGAUGGUGGCGGCGAAUCACGAAACGGCGGUGGUGGCGGCGGUUCGGUCGGAGUUCAGAUCCGACAGACUCGGAGGUUGCCGGAUUUUCUCCAGAGCGUGAAUCUCAAGUACGUGAAAUUGGGUUAUCAUUAUUUAAUCUCGAAUCUGUUGGCCCUGUGUUUGUUCCCUUUGAUCGUUGUUAUCUCCGUCGAAGCCUCUCAGAUGAACCCAGAUGAUCUCCGGCAGCUUUGGGUUCAUCUUCAGUACAAUCUCGUUAGUAUUAUAAUCUGUUCUGCGAUUUUGGUGUUCGGUUUGACUGUUUAUGUCAUGACCCGACCAAGACCCGUUUACUUGGUUGAUUACUCCUGUUAUCGCCCUCCCGAUCAUCUCAAAGCUCCGUUUAAUCGGUUCAUGGAACAUUCAAGGCUCACCGGUGAUUUCGAAGAGUCUGCGCUUGAAUUUCAGCGGAAGAUUCUUGAGCGUUCUGGUUUAGGAGAAGAGACUUAUGUUCCUGAGGCAAUGCAUUGCAUUCCUCCGAGGCCGUCAAUGGCGGCUGCAAGAGAGGAAGCCGAACAAGUCAUGUUUGGUGCUUUGGAUAACCUUUUCAGCAACACAAAUGUGAAUCCUAAGGACAUCGGUAUUCUUGUCGUGAAUUGUAGUUUGUUUAACCCAACACCUUCAUUGUCCGCAAUGAUUGUGAAUAAGUACAAGUUGAGAGGCAAUAUCAGGAGCUUCAAUCUGGGUGGAAUGGGUUGCAGUGCAGGUAUUAUAGCGGUUGAUCUUGCCAAAGACUUGUUGCAGGUCCAUAGGAACACUUAUGCAGUUGUUGUCAGUACCGAAAACAUUACCCAGAACUGGUAUUUUGGCAAUAAGAAGGCAAUGCUGAUACCGAAUUGCUUGUUUCGAGUUGGGGGUUCGGCUGUUUUGCUCUCUAACAAGUCACGGGACAGAAGACGGGCCAAGUACCAGCUUGUCCAUGUGGUGAGAACCCAUCGUGGAGCCGAUGACAAGGCCUUCCGCUGUGUUUACCAAGAACAGGACGACACUGGAAGAACCGGUGUCUCCCUGUCCAAAGAUCUAAUGGCUAUUGCAGGUGAAACCCUCAAGACCAACAUCACUACGUUAGGUCCCCUUGUUCUCCCGAUAAGCGAACAGCUCCUGUUCUUUGUCACUCUGAUCAUGAAGAAGCUUUCUAAGGGAAAGGUCAAGCCCUAUAUCCCGGAUUUCAAACUGGCAUUCGACCAUUUCUGUAUCCAUGCGGGCGGGAGAGCUGUGAUAGACGAGUUAGAGAAGAAUCUGCAGCUUUUACCGGUUCAUGUUGAGGCGUCGAGGAUGACUCUCCACAGAUUCGGAAACACAUCAUCGAGUUCAAUAUGGUACGAGUUGGCUUAUACGGAGGCGAAGGGGAGGAUGCGCAGAGGAAACCGGGUCUGGCAGAUUGCUUUCGGGAGCGGCUUCAAAUGCAACAGUGCGGUCUGGGAAGCGCUAAGGAACGUAAAGCCGUCAAAGAACAGCGCCUGGGAAGAUUGCAUUCAUAAUUAUCCAGUGGCAUUAAAUUUCUAGGAUUUAGAGGAUGGUUUUCUAUUAGAUCCUCUCUCUCUCUGUCGGAAAUCUGAAUUUGCAGUGUUGUUUUUCCAUGUUGUAAACUCCAGAUCUCAUCCAUUGCUGUUAGGUUUCUCUUGCAUUGUUCUGUUC